AUGGCGUCGUCGAGAUCGAGAUCUCGCCGCAACAGCGACUUGUCUGAUGCACCCUCGCCAACUGACACGCGAGCACCAUCAAGGCGCGACACAGCCACUGGCACAAACACAUCAACCCAAGACUAUGGUCUUUCCGAGAGCUUCCAGUCCACCGAUACGGUCCGGAGAAGACCGGAAGCUGGCUAUGGCAGCAUGACCUCAUCAUCAACACCUGGCACCCUGCAACCACCCCAGGCAGAAAGCUCCGCGCCCGACCGUCCUCCAGGGGGAGGUCGAUCAAGCCAGUCUUCUACAAGGUCUCCCAUGAUGGGUGGCGAUCGAGCGAGAACAAACACAAGGAAGCCGCCUAUUUCUCGUCGUGCAAGCUCUAAUACGCAAGCUCCCCAUCGAGGUGAAGUUUUUUCGGUCGACGACGCCACAGACGAGGUUGAGGCAGACCACGCCCAACGCCAAGGCAGCUACGCCCACUCAACCACGCGGAGGCGUACCGCAGCACCUCCGACUCUGUCUAGGGUGCACUCACGAACGAGCAAUGUUGAAGAGGAGGAUGAAGACUCUGAACACCCGCAACCCCACCCAGCCAGGCCGAGUAGCAGGGGGAACAUGGACCGUCCCAACGAUGACGACGAGGAGCACCUCCUAGACCUGAGUGAGGGCGAGGACGACGCCGAGGACGACCACGUUACUGACGAGGAUGACGAAGGCGACCUGAGCGACGCAGAGAGCUUCACCCUCAAGGAUAGGCAGCAAGCCAUCAACGAAACACAUCCCUUCGGUAUAAGGCUAUGGAAGCCUGCACUGUACAAGAAGGAUCGUUCAGUCCAGAAGACGGCCGAGGGAGAUAUUCACUCAACGCCUGGCGGUCGGGUAAGCAACUGGCUUCUGCUGUUCAACUUGAUCUGGACCCUUUGUUUUGGAUGGUGGAUGGCUGCCAUUGCAUUCAUCGGAGCAGUCGUUUGCUUCUUAUUUGCGGCCGCGCCCAGCGGCCGGGAGUACGGGCGCAUACUCUGGGGCCUGGCAGGCUAUCUGUUCUACCCUUUUGGCAAGUUCAUCAGUCUUGAGCAGCAAGAGGCGUAUCUGGACGAGGAUCAGGGCGAAGGGCGCAGCAUCAGCGAGUAUCAGCAAUGGCAGAGUGGAGAUCUCGAGUAUGGCCGUCUCUUCUUUGGGCCAGACCGUAACCGAUCCAUCGUUGGUCGCUCGCGCAGGAGCAUCGACUCGGCUCCAAGUGAGACUGAUAGCCUCCUUGGACGGUCAGCUCGGAGUGCCAAUCGCUCAGACUCGGAUCUCCCAUCCUCCAAGAGGCGCCUGUUCGGGCGCGGCAAGUGGACCAUUGGCCGUGUCAUUUUCUUCUUGUUCUUCUACCUCCUCCUGAUGCCAUCUUUGUUCAUCGUGUCUGGUAUUUGCUGGUUUCUGGUUUUCUGGAUUCCCAUGGGAAAGGUAACCAUGCUCCUGAUAGACCACCUGAGGCGGCAUCCCCUGGCACUGAACUUUGGGUCGGAUAUCUCGCUGGCUCGUGACCCCGACGCGCCUCAUUCGUCAACCAUAAUCGUGUGCACCUACAGAGCCGUGGGCUCCAAGUACUGGAAGUAUACGGUGGACGGCACAAACAUCUUCCUCAUCAACCUCAUGGCAGUUGUCUUAUUUGUUGUCCUCGACUGGCUCGUCUUGGCCGGGGUGUUCCAUGUGGACAACUUUUUGACUUCGCAAGCGUUCCUGUUCGUGGCGGGACUCUUUUCCAUCAUUCCCCUGGCUUACUUCAUCGGCCAGGCAGUGGCCUCCAUUUCGGCACAGUCAUCCAUGGGCGUUGGCGCUGCUAUCAAUGCCUUCUUCUCGACAAUCGUCGAGGUCUUCCUGUAUUGUGUUGCGCUCAAGCAGGGUAAAGGCCAGCUUGUGGAAGGCAGCAUCGUGGGCAGCAUCUUCGCCGGUGUGUUGUUCUUGCCUGGACUGUCGAUGUGCUUCGGUGCGAUCAAGCGCAAGACGCAGAGGUUCAACGCCCGCUCCGCUGGUGUUACUUCGACGAUGCUUCUCUUCGCUGUCAUCGGGGCCUUUGGACCUACCUUGUUUUACCAGAUAUACGGCACACACGAGCUCAACUGCCUCGACUGCGUCAACAGUUCUGAAGGCGCUCUACACGGCCCCCGAGCACGGGAUUGCAAGCGGUGCUUCUUCUCUCAAACUCCAGCACUCGACGAUCGCUUCUACCUCGAGGCAGUUCGCCCUUACUGUUACCUGGCAGCGUGCAUGCUUUUCUUCUCGUAUAUCAUCGGCCUCUGGUUCACCCUCCGUACGCAUGCAGCGGUGAUUUGGAACACUGAGAUUGAUGAGAAGAAACACGAGGACCAUCCCCAUUUCCAUCAGCCUGCUCGCUCUAUGAUGCAUUCCGUCGCCGACACCAGCGGUACCGAUAUUCGUGAUACGAACGCCUACAAGCGCAUUUUGGGUCACUCCCUUAGGCAGGUUGGGUUGCAUCCUCAAGACAGCAUUGGCGGUUCGUCUAGCGCUACUGCUACUGGGAUGAGCGGCCGCGGCAACGGCUCGGCGACGACUCCGCAUCUGGUACCGCCCAAAGGAAGUGUGUCAUCGGACCACGGAGUCCACAUCCCCGGGCUUUCCGAGGCGGAGAACCAGUGCUUGGCUCAGCAGGUAGCAGAGAUCGCGGCCACGGCGGCCACCGUUGCCGUCCUUCCCAGGGGAACUUCUGCACGAAACUUGCAUGGUUCCGGACACAGGGCCUCGCAAACACCCACCCCCGCUUUGCGCAGUGUUGCUGCAUUUCCCACUGAAGAUGAGGUCGCCGCUCAUGCGCAUGCAGGCCAUGGCGCUGCAGCCGGAGGUGGAGGACAUGGGCACGAUGCGCCCAACUGGAGCAGACUCAAGUCGGCCGUCAUUCUCAUGGGUGCUACUAUUCUCUACGCCAUCAUUGCCGAAAUUCUGGUGGACUCAGUUGAUGUUGUACUCGAGGGCUACUCUGUUGACGAGAAGUUCCUCGGAAUUACCCUGUUUGCACUUGUUCCUAACACGACCGAGUUCCUGAAUGCCAUCUCGUUUGCUAUGAACGGUAACAUUGCACUGUCCAUGGAAAUCGGAUCGGCAUAUGCGUUGCAAGUCUGUCUACUGCAGGUACCGGCUCUGGUUCUUUAUUCGGCAUUUUAUUCGCCAACAACACCACCGCUUGAAGGGCCAGAGGGAGACCUCGCUCAUUAUACAUUCUCUCUUCUGUUCCCGCAGUGGGACAUGGUAACUGUUAUUCUUUGCGUCUUCCUGCUCAGCUACAUGUACGGUGAGGGGAAGAGCAACUACUUCAAGGGCAGCAUCCUGCUUCUCAGCUACCUGGUUGUCAUUGUCGGCUUCUACUUCAGCGGCUACACUACGGGCGUGAACGAUCUUGGCAUCGCCAGGUUUGACAGAAUGGGCGGUGAUGGUGCAUACGUUAGCCACACCGACUCGUUAAAAACUAUUGGAAGAAAGAGCAGCGGGUUUGCUUAUUAA